GCGUACAAACGGCGUCUCCACAAAUGGAGUGAUUACUGCUAUCCCAUUAAUACAAACGUCAUAGCAACAAAUAUCUCACCAUCUGGUUACAGAUGUGGGCUUCUUCCAGUUCUUGCAGGUUUCGUCUUUUAAGCUGUUUCCGUACCUAUCUAGCAACUAGCCAUACCGGUGGUAGAGUGUCUUCUGUGUUCUUAAUCCCUGGGUCUCCUGCCUGUAAUUCUAUAGACAAGGCAAAGAAUACGAGCUCUUCUUUCUCUUGUUCUGCGCAUUCCACUAGAAGUGGAAGAGGCUUGGAGAUGAAAAACGAUAGAGAAAGAUCAAGAGGCCGAGGUGGUGGAGGCGGCAAAGAUAAGAUUGAUGCUCUCGGCAGACUCUUGACACGUGUUUUGCGUCAUAUGGCUUCUGAGUUAAGCUUGAAUAUGCGGAGUGAUGGAUAUGUGAAAGUUCAAGAUUUACUAAAGUUGAAUAUGAAAACAUUUGCCGAUAUUCCAUUAAGAGCACAUACAGUUGAUGACAUUAAGGAAGCUGUCAGAAAGGAUAACAAGCAGCGGUUCAGCCUUUUAGAGGAAAAUGGGGAGCUUUUGAUACGUGCAAACCAAGGCCACACAAUAAAAGCAGUUGAAUCUGAGAGUUUGCUAAAGCCAAUCCUUUCAGCUGAUGAAGUUCCUGUGUGUGUACAUGGAACCUACAAGAAGAAUGUGGAAUCCAUAUUGAAUUCUGGCUUAAAGCGCAUGCAAAGAUUGCAUGUUCACUUCUCAUGCGGCUUGCCAACUGAUGGUGAAGUGAUUAGUGGUAUGAGGAGGGACGUUAAUGUUUUGGUAUAUCUUAACGUCAAAAAGGCUCUAGAAGAGGGAAUGAAGCUUUACAUAUCAGACAAUAGGGUGAUACUGACUGAAGGUUUCGAUGGUGUGGUGCCUGUAAAAUACUUUGAGAAGAUUGAAUCAUGGCCAGAGAGAAGACCUAUUCCUUUUCAAACAGGAAGUGAGUGAGAUUGAAUAGCCAUCUUUCUUGACCCAGGAGAGGUCUGUUUAAAACUGGUUAUUUGGUUUUGUAAUUUUUGUAUCAUGACAUGCUAACUUGGUGCGUGUGCAAUUAGCAUGAAUGAGAGGCUCGUCAAGAUGAACUAGUUAUUUCAUAAUUGCGAAUAAUGUCCAAUUAAUACAUAAAAAUAUGCCAUCUGAUACAUAUUCCUCGUCAA